AUGGCGCUGGGAGAUGUGCAGUCACAGGAUGCAGCUUCUCCCGGCGCGUCCCACGGUCCCAGCGGGGGCUCUGAGGGAGCACCAGCGCUGGGAGGCAGUGAGAACAGCGAGGCCCUCCCCGAGUCCAUCCCCUCUGCCCCCGGGACGCUCCCGCACUUCAUGGAGGAGCCCGACGACUCCUACAUCAUCAAGAGCAACCCCAUCGUGCUGCGCUGCAAGGCCAAGCCAGCCAUGCAGAUCUUCUUCAAGUGCAACGGGGAGUGGGUCCACCAGAACGAGCACGUGUCCGAGGAGAGCCUGGACGAGGCCACCGGGCUGAAGGUCCGGGAGGUUUUCAUCAACGUGACGAGGCAGCAGGUGGAGGAUUUCCACGGCCCAGAGGAUUACUGGUGCCAGUGCGUGGCCUGGAGCCACCUGGGCACCUCCAAGAGCAGGAAGGCGUCGGUGCGCAUCGCCUAUCUGCGCAAGAACUUCGAGCAAGACCCGCAGGGGAAGGAGGUUCCCAUCGAGGGGAUGAUCGUCCUGCACUGCCGACCCCCCGAGGGGGUCCCUGCAGCUGAGGUGGAGUGGCUGAAGAACGAGGAGCCCAUCGACUCCAACCUGGACGAGAACAUCGACACCAGGGCCGACCACAACCUCAUCAUCCGCCAGGCGCGGCUGUCGGACUCGGGCAACUACACCUGCAUGGCCGCCAACAUCGUGGCCAAGAGGAGGAGCCUGUCUGCCACCGUGGUGGUGUACGUGAACGGGGGGUGGUCGUCGUGGACCGAGUGGUCCAACUGCAACGCGCGCUGCGGCCGGGGCUGGCAGAAACGCUCGCGGACCUGCACCAACCCCGCCCCGCUCAACGGGGGGGCCUUCUGCGAGGGCAUGUCCGUGCAGAAGAUCACCUGCACCUCCCUCUGCCCCGUGGACGGCAGCUGGGAGGUGUGGAGCGAGUGGUCUGUGUGCAGCCCCGAGUGUGAGCACCUGAGGGUCCGGGAGUGCGUUGCUCCCCCGCCCCGCAACGGGGGCAAGUUCUGCGAGGGCCCGGGCCAGGAGUCGGAGAACUGCACCGAGGGGCUCUGCAUCCAAGAUAAAAAACCUCUUCAUGAAAUAAAACCCCAAAAUCUGGAGGCCGCCAGUGACAUCGCGCUGUACUCCGGGCUGGGGGCGGCGGUGCUGGCGGUGGCCGUGCUGGUGGUCGGCGUCACCCUGUACAGGCGCAGUCAGAGUAACUCCCUGCUCCUCAACUCCUCCAUGCAGCCCGACCUGACCGUCAGCAGGACCUACAGCGGCCCCAUCUGCCUGCAGGACCCCAUGGACAAGGAGCUGAUGACGGAAUCCUCCCUGUUCAACCCCCUGUCCGACAUCAAAGUCAAGGUGCAGAGCUCCUUCAUGGUGUCCCUGGGGGUGACGGAGAGGGCAGAGUUCCACGGGAAGGCCCAUCCUGGAACCUUCCCCCACGGGAACCACCGGCCAUUCGGGACCAUCCAGGCCAGGAACAAGGCCAUGUACAUCCAGAACUUGGCUUCCCUCUCCACCGCCAGCGAGCUCAAGACAACGGCCCUUUUUGGGCACCUGGGGGGCCGUCUGGUGGUUCCAAACACAGGAGUCAGUCUGUUGAUCCCACAUGGAGCUAUUCCUGAAGAGAGUUCCUGGGAAAUCUACCUUGCCAUCACUCAGAAGGAGUCCAGCCUGCAGCCAGAGGGCUCGGAUGUGCUGCUGGGGCCGGAGGUGACGUGCGGGCCCCCGGAGGUGUCGGUGAACACCCCCUUCGCCCUGACCAUCCCCCACUGCGCCCAGGUGAACCCCGAGCACUGGAACAUCCACCUCAAGAGGAGGACACAGCAGGGGAAGUGGGAGGAAGUGAUGUCUGUGGAAGAGGAAACUACUUCUUGCUACUGCCUGUUGGAUCCUUAUGCCUGUCACAUUCUCUUAAACAGCUUUGGAACUUAUGCCCUAAUUGGGGAACCCAUCUCUGACUGCGCCGCUCGACAGCUGAAAGUCGCCGUUUUUGGCUGCCUGUCUUGCAAUUCUCUGGAUUACAAUCUGAGGGUUUAUUGUAUGGAUAACACCCCUUGUGCAUUCCAGGAGGUGGUUUCGGAUGAAAGGCUCCAAGGAGGGCAAUUACUGGAGGAACCAAAACUCCUGCAUUUUAAAGGAAAUACCUGCAGUCUCCAGAUCUCAGUCCUGGAUAUCCCUCCCUUCCUCUGGAGGAUUAAACCAUUUACUGCAUGUCAGGAGGUGCCAUUCUCACGCGUGUGGCGUGGCAGUGCCCGGCCCUUGCUCUGUGCCUUCUCCCUGGAGCGCUACAGCCCCGGCACCACCCAGCUCAGCUGCAAGGUCUGCGUGAGGCAGCUCAAGGGCCACGAGCAGGUCCUGCACGUCCAGACCUCCAUCCUCGAGAGCGAGAGAGAAACCAUCACUUUCUUCGCACACGACGACAGCAACUUCCCUGCCCAGGUGGGCCCCAAGGCUUUCAAGAUCCCCCUCUCCAUCAGGCAGCGGAUCUGCGCCACCUUCGACACCCCCAGCGCCAAGGGCAAGGACUGGCAGAUGCUGGCACAGAAAAACAGCAUCAACAGGAAUCUCUCCUACUUUGCCACCCAGAGCAGCCCCUCCGCCGUCAUCCUGGACCUGUGGGAAGCCCGGCACCAGCACGACGGGGACCUGGACUCGCUGGCCUGUGCCCUGGAGGAGAUCGGGAGGACGCACUCCAAAAUCUGCGACAUCACAGACACUGAGCUGGAGGAGCCUGACUUCAGCUACAGCCGCCAGAACGGGCUUUAGUCCCUUCCCCCACUGCCCAGCUCUGGGAUCUGACAGCGCAGGUUCCCUGGGCAGGGAGGAA